AUGAGCAUGAUGAUGAUGAUGAGACCGUCCGACUCAACGCCCAUCUGUCGGUGCCGGGUCCUGUACCUGGGAUCGGCUGUUCCACACAUCACCAAGGACGGGCUUCAGGGCAUACAGGAGCCACUCAAAGAGCUGUACCCGGAACAGGGGGCCCUGGGGGCCCGCGGCAUCGACUCUUGGCUGAGCGUUUGGAGCAACGGCCUGUUGCUGGAGAACGUGGAUGAGAAUCACAAAAAGAUCACUCGGUUCUUCCCGAUCGAGUCACUGCAUUACUGCGCUGCGGUCCGGUUCGUUCUGGUGCCCGAGAAGUCUAACGGGUCGUCGCAGCCGCGAUUCUUGCCACUGGACUCACCGUUUGCCCGGUCACCGAACCCCAACCACCCGCCACUGUUCGCAGCCAUACUGCGCCGGACUUCCGGUAUCAAGGUACUCGAGUGCCACACGUUCAUAUGCAAGCGCGAGAUGGCCGCUAACGCACUGGUCCGGUGCUGUUUCCACGCUUACGCUGACUCGUCGUACGCCAAACAAUCGGAUGGCGGCGGCACAAACGGUACUUCCAAUGGUGCCGGUGGCCACAGCAUAUACGGCACGGUGAGGACCAACAGGUCGGUGGGCAACAAUACAAUCGACAAGGUGGAAGGCUGGCGGCGCAUGACCAACGGCGGAGGGGCGGCCGGCAGCACCCUGACACUUAACAGCGCCCACUCCAACGGUAUCACCAUGCUGGAGGCGUCCACGAAUUCCAUCGACGACCUGUCUGAGUGUAACGGUGACGAGAAUCACAAAGUGUGGGUGGGUAGCACCAAGGACAUAUCGGAAAAAGAAGACCUGUAUGGUGCCGGAAACACGAUGCGCAGCUCGCGUUCCAGCAGGCCCAGGCAACUGGUUGGGGGCGCUCCACCACCACCUCCACCACCGCCACCAGUCAGGGACGACAGUAAUAAGUCAGCUACAAAGAAAGCAAAGGAGAGGCCGCGCCGCAAGAGAACGCCGACUGGCGGAAGUCGCGAAGACCUAUACGCGCCAUCAAUGAACGGCUCGCUCAUGAGGUCUGUGCAUGGCGGCCGGAGUUCGGUAUCGCUCAACGGCACCAUGGCGAGCCGGGGACCACCUAGAGGGUUCAUGCAAUAUCAGCAGCCUCCACCACCGCCACCGCCGCCCAACCACAUUUACUCCAACGGUGGAGGUGGCACCAUGCUCAGACCAGUCAACGGCUAUCACCCACAUCAUCCACAUCCACCACACCACCCACAUCACCCCCAUCCAGGAAUGAUGCAGCCUCCACCUCCACCGCCCAUUAUGAUGGUGCCCACCACCCUGCCGCACCCCAAGAAGAUGCAUAAGAUGAAACCAGGCAUGAUGCCAGUACCCAGACCUGGCAUGAUCCCAGCAAAUUACAUGCCGGUGCCCAUGUACAUGCACACCGGUAAAAAGCCCAAGAAUGGAGUGCCCGUACCUGUUCCAAUGGCCAUGGAAGAACCGAUAUACAUGCCUUCCGCCCGGCCACUGAGUCCGGUCGCGUCCUAUCAACCCGAGCACUUCCCACACGAGGCGUACCUGAUGCAGCAGUACGCCAACAGCGUAAAUCACAUGAACAACAACAACAUAAAUAAUAACGGGCCGGCGCCCAAGACCAAGAAGGGAAAAAAGGACAAGAAAUCCAAGGACUCUGUAAAUGGGAUGAUGCCACCGCUGAUGGUGCCGCAGUUGAUGGUCAACGGCGGUGCUGGUGGAGGCGGAAUGAUGAUGAUGCAUCAGCAGCAACAGCUGCAGCAUCAACCGCCGCCACCACCCUCUGGACCACCGCAGUUGGCCGUCAACGGGCACAGAGUCAACGGCAACGGCAUGAUGUCAGCGGGACACGACGAAAUGACUGACGACACCGAGGACUCGGUGUACAGCACCGGAAUAUACAGGCGGAAGGGACACCUCAACGAGCGGGCGUUCUCGUACUCGAUCCGGCAGGAGCACCGGUCCCGGUCGUACGGGUCGCUGGCCAACCUCAAGUUCGCUGCGCCGCCAAUCGUGCCGAAUGGCGUGGACGGGGUACCGAACAAGGUGGACAUCAAGAAAGAACGGGAGAUCAUGCAGAUGAUGCAGGACCUGGAGCUGUCGGGCGAUGAGCUGGACCGCGCCGACCAGGUGGUACACCACCAGAAACAGAGCAACAACGUGGCUCACCAUCAGAGGCCCGUCAAGACGAAGCGAUAA